AACUCAUUACAACUACAUCUUAAAAUGCUUCGACUCUUUUCCAAAACUUUACCAACAGCUACCAGAUUAAUUACACCAUUAUCACGCACAAAGCAAUUCAUCCCGAAAACCUCCUACCAAAUAGUCAGAAACAUGGGAAAAGCAAGCAACGAGGAUCUGAAGGGCUCCAAGCUCUUCGAUGUGUCACACGUCACCGCUCUUGUUACUGGAGGAGGAACUGGAAUCGGGUUGAUGAUCACACAAGCGCUAGUCGCCAAUGGUGCAAAGGUCUACAUUACAUCAAGGCGUGAUGAGGUCUUGAAGAAAACGGACGAAGUGUACAAUACUGGGCCAGGACAAAUCAUCCCUAUUCAGGCAGACGUCAGUGAAAAGGACGAUGUGAAGCGCCUCUACGAUGAAAUGUGCCAAAAGGAGCCCAAGGGAAUCCAACUACUCAUCAAUAAUGCUGGAAUUGCGCGGGACGAUAACACAAAAUUCUCCUCAAAUGGUCAGCCCAACAUGGAAGAUGCCCAAGCCAUCUCUGACCACUUCCUCAAGUCGCAGCCCGAGCAGUGGGCGGACACUAUGAAGACCAAUGUCGGAAGUAUCUAUUGGAUGAGCAUGACUUUCCUUCCCCUGCUUGCCAAGGGUGGCAGCGUCACCUCCGGAUACAGUUCACAGGUCAUCAACGUGAGCAGUAUCUCGGGGUACAUGAAAGGUAGCAGCAAUGGUCAAUUCGCUUAUUCCUCCAGCAAGGCAGCGGCUACACACCUCAGCCGAAUGCUUGCAACGACAUUCAUGGGUACCAAAGUCCGCGUCAAUACCAUUGCACCUGGUGUUUUCCCUAGUGAGAUGACAACUGGCUCUUCUGACGAAGACAACAAGAGCCGCAUGGAUUCAGAAAUGUCGAACCCUGCCGGCCGCCCGGGAGUCGACACUGACAUGGCUGCGACUGUACUCAUGCUUUCUGGACCUGGAGGCGUCUUUUACAAUGAGCAAGUACUUUACCCUGAUGGUGGAAGCACUCUUCAGCAGCCUGCGGCGCGAGCUUAAGCGCUUCGUGAGUGGAAGACAUACCGCUCCGAUAGCUUAUAACCAGUAUAUUGAACAAGGUACUUUUCGCUUCUUGUAUAUGGAAAUAUGAUAGCCAUGCUGUUAACUUACUGAUCAAAUCCGCUUCCCCAAAUACUCGUCAUCCAAAAUCAUGCUGUACUUCCAAGUCGCCGAACCACUCCGACCCAUCCCCACCCCCUGUGCAAAAUUCUUUUACGCUAUAUACAUAUCCCGCCGAUGUUCAAAAAUCCACUCACACUUGUCUUGAUGAUCUAUGCCAUAUUUCCAUUCUGUUCACUCUCAUUCUGAGUGAUGGAUACCAUUCAAUUUUCGAGCUCACCAUCCAUCUAAUUAGAUGGCCUAAUGGCUUAAUGGCAAGGCGCUUGACUACGAUUGAGUUCGAUAUCAAGAGAUUCCAGGUUGU